AUGGCCACCGCUCAAGCCGUAGGACUGCAAGCGCCUACGCGGACGCACUUGACAUUGAAGGGAUCAACGGCACUCGUGCAUGAGUUUUUCAACUACUCGGUCCAAAGCAUCCUAUACCAACGAUCCAUUUAUCCGUCGGAAGAUUUUCGCACGGUCAAAAAAUUCGGACUUCAAAUGCUUGCCACGACCGAUGACGACCUGGCUGACUAUUUGGAUCGAGCAAUGCAACAAUUGAAAAAGUGGCUCGAGCAGGGCAAGGUUCGUCGGCUCGUGGUAGCCAUCGUCGAAAAAGAGUCACAGGAAACGGUCGAACGGUGGCAAUUUGAUAUCGAGGUGAUGAAUGAGGGACUCACAGAGUCUCAGGUCCCCAAGGAGGGUGAUCAGAUACCCAAGUCAUUGCAAAAGACAGAUGCGCAAGUAAAGGCAGAAAUUGCUGCUAUCAUCAAGCAGAUUACAGCGAGCUGUACUUUCCUGCCGGUCUUGGAAGAGCCAUGUGCGUUCCAAAUUCUUGCUUACACGGAUCGUGAUGUAGAAGUGCCAAUGGAAUGGUCUGAUUCAAAUGCACGACUGAUUGCGGAAGGCAAAGCUGAGCAAGUGAAGCUGCGCAGCUUUUCUACACAUGUUCAUCGUGUUGAUGCAAUGGUUGCUUAUAAACGUGAAGAAGAAGAUCUAUAG